AUGAGGAUGUUCCCGCGCAGGAUGUGGCGACGGCCGCCGCAGAGCCUGUUCCUCGUGUACAAGUUCUUCAUCAGCCUGUUCAUCUUCGAGAUCAGCCACAGCUGUAUCUUCAGGGCGGUGGAGCGCACGCUGUACGAGGGCCUGCCGGCAGCCUGCGAGGCGAUGACUGUGGUUGGCGGCUCUUAUCUUGAUCUGCAGUGGCUUCUGGAGUCCGUCUGCAGCCUGAUAGAGUCGGACUGGGUGGUGUGGCUCGCCAUGUACGCCAUGUCGGGGGCCUUCUUGUGGUGCGCGCUGUCCGCGGCGCGCUUCAACACGCUGUCGCAGCUCAGCAACCACCUCCUGCUGGCUAUCGGCACGUCGGCCGCCGUGGUCUACAAGGCCCGGGCCGGGCCGCGCUGCGCCGCCCAGUUUUGGGGGUGA